AUGGGCGACGAGGAGACCGGUGAUGGCGGGAAUGAAAAGAAGGAGGAAGAGGAGGAGGAGGAGGAGGACGCCGGAGCUGACGACGGGGCGCCCGGCAAGGGAAAGAGGCCACCGGACUCCAUCAUGGUGCAACGGAAGUCCGCCAGAGGGGGCGCCAGCAACGCGGGGGGCACGAACAAGUCGGACAGCGACGGCAAGUCUGCCGCUUCAAUGCUCAUGACCAUCGGUGGCCUGCUCCUCUUCGCCGUCGUCGUUCUGGGCGUCGUCGGCUUCAUUAUCUACAAGAUUACGCAGUCCGAGGACAGCGAGCCGACGGAGGGCACCACCGCUGCGUCAAGCAAGUAUACGUCCGCGUGCUUCGGGAUGCCAAAGCGCUCCUCUGUAUAGCAAACACAGUGUCAAAGAGAAGUCAGCGCUAGAAUUAGAACAGAACAUACCACUUUCUCAAUAUACAAAUUUAUAGGGCGGCAGCGUCAUUGCGCAUACGCGCAAGAAGAAGUAAAGAAUCGUCAGAUUUACGCCCACAGAGGGACCAACGAACGAUUGACCUGCUCUUCAAGUAACUCUUCUGGCAUGCGCUUAUACAC